AUGACUACCUACUACCAGCCCGCCGCCGCCAAUUUCCACACGGCCCCUCACCACGCUCAACGCCAGCGCGGCUACCGUAUUUGUGAUGAGUGCGGAGCAGUGGAAACUCCAGCAGUGAAGUUCAGACUAUGUGGGGGAUGCAUGACAACACAGUACUGCUCCCAAGAUUGCCAAAAGGUCCACUGGCCAUCGCACAAGGCGAUCUGCCAACACACUGCCAUGCAAGUCAAGCAGGCUACAGCUGCCGGCGCACAUACCGGCUACGCCGACGAAAAUCUUGCGAGAUGCCUCCGCAAGUUCACCUCUGCACACAACGCGCUUCUCGGUUGGGCCGGCUUCCAGGCCCUCCAACUCAAGCGCGUCCCUGCCAACGUCAGGCAGAACGCUCUGCUCAUCGAGCUGAGCUACCACAACCACGUAGAAUCGCAUCGUCGAUUCUCCAUUGCGUCGACGCAUGUUGUUCCAAGAACGUACAUUCGUGACCCACUCGUGAUCGCCGACAUCCAGCGCCGCGAGGAACGCUGCCGUGCGAACGGCGGCAUCGGCACCCUCGUCGUCAUCAUCCAAUGCGGAGCGACGUCGCAGGUGAUGCCCGUCGAGGUCGACCCGCCUGCCAAGAUCACCUGGGACUCGCGCGACGACUGGGCGCAGGUUCUUGCGCACUUUGUCGAGAGCGGGCGCACCGACUUCAAGCCCAUCUCCACCACUCCAAGAGGGGUCUACUAUGGAUGA